GAGCGCGAUUUGCUUAUCACCCCCACUCUCCCUGACUCGUCACCACCAUGGAAUCCAUUGCCAACUACCUCUUAUUGUCCUUGCCGCAGUCUAGCUACAGCUCGGACGCCGCAUUGAAGCACUGGCUUGAGGAAAACGUGGCGCGCCUGACGGCUGCCAGCCUCGUAACCAACUUCGCCAUCCCCGACUUUAAGAUCGGCACGCUCGACUCGUUGGUGAACGAGGUGGAAGACUUGGCCAAGCUCGAUGUGCAGUUCCAGCAGUCGCUCUCCAAAAUUGUGGACAUCUACGGUGCCGUGUACGAGUCGCGCGCCGUCAACGAGCACAAACGUGUCAACAACGUCGAGGUGGGGCAAUACGUGCGCCAGUUCCGGUGGAACACAUCCAAAUACCGCUUGGACAAGUCUGUGGGCGACCUUGUUUCGCUCAUCACCAGUGACGUGGCGGCGGUAGAGACAGACUUGCGGGCGGUGUAUUCCGCUUACCAGCAGGCCAAGAACGCGCUUGUGAGCGCGGCCAGGAAAAACAACGGAGAUUUGACCGUCAAGUCCUUACACGACAUUGUCAGCAAGGACGACUUUGUGGUGGACUCUGAGUACCUCACGACGGUGCUCGUGGUGGUGCCAAAGGCGCUGCAGGCGCAAUUCGUGGCGUCCUAUGAAACGUUGACGAGCUACGUGGUUCCGCGCUCCGCAAAGCUCCUCAGCUCCGACAGUGAGUUCCAGCUCUACUCCGUUACGUUGUUCAAGAAGUUUGCGGCGGAGUUUGCGUUAAGGUGCCGCGAGCAAAAGUGGCACCCGCGUGACUUUAACUACUCCGAGGAGUCCGUCAACGCGUUGCGUCAGGAAUACAACGUUGCAGGGUCCCAGGAAAAGCAAUUGAAGCGCGAAUUGACGGUUUUGGCCACUACCGCGUACUCCGAGGUUACGGCCGCGCUCUUCCACAUCAAGGCUUUGCGUGUUUACUGCGAAUCCGUCUUGAGAUAUGGCCUUCCGCCGCAGUUCUACAUCUACUUGAUUGAAGUCAAAGCGAAGGAUAUCAACAGAGCGAAGAACGUGUUGGUCGACCAGUUUGGCCACUUGGGGGGGAAUGCCUUCAAUGUCGAUAAGAACGGCAAGAUCAAGAAGAACGAUGCCGGGUUGAGCGAGUACGCGUCGUUGGUUGAUACCGAGUACGAACCGUUUGUGGUGUACGAGGUGGCGAUUUUGUAGGGUCCGGGCAUUGAUAGAGUCUAUGAAUCUGAAACUUUGGUUUGUAAGAUUACGCUGAAAUGAGGCCUAGAGUUCUAUAGGAGGUGAUUGGAAUAGACCGGACCUUGAUAAUAAUGACACGUGGAUAUGUAGCGUAUGUCCGGUUUGCAGUGUGCUUUACGAUGUGGCAUUUAUCAAUAGUUCAAAUGCUGGGUUAUAGUGAUGGUUGCCCUAGUCGUUUACGUAUACUUGUAGGAACUGAGCUAUGUUACAGGUAACGGCUUUACUAUCUCUGUUACAGGUAACAGCUUUACCAUCUCUGUUUUAUACGGUUCCAAAAUUUUAUCCCGUACGUCAUAAUCAGUCCUACCAACCACUUGCGUAGGCAUCUACAGCCCAAUUUAGGUCAUGUCUUCUUUCGUCUACUAAAGUCACCUUUU